AUAUUUUUAAAAGUAAUCUUAUGGCAAUAAGUUUGGUACUUUUCUGAAGAUGAAGUGACUCAGUUUUCUCAAUUCUGCAAGAGCCCUUAGAAGUAUUGCUAGACCCUCCGAAUGUUGCCAAGUGUGGCUCAGAAUGCCAGCACUCUGUCUCUUUCCAGAGGCACCGAGAUGGAAGCCAGAAGCAAGCCCCAGUUCUUGGUGUUCCUGAUGCUUUUCAGUGUACUGUUCUCUCAGUCACUGGCCUGGCCUCUCUUCGGACCACCUUCCGCUGUGAGUGUGUUUUACCUUAAUAGGUUGGAUGACAGGGUACAACUUGAAGGAGCAAGUGACCCUGAUCAAGUCUCGUUAAAAGCAGACUCUGACAUCUUGCAGAAUGCCUUAGCAGAAAAUGACACACCUUAUUAUGACGUAUCCAGAAAUGCCAGGCAUGCUGACGGAGUUUUCACCAGUGACUACAGCAAGCUCCUGGGUCAGAUUUCUGCCAAAAAAUACCUGGAGUCCCUCAUUGGAAAACGAAUCGGCAGUAACAUCGCAGAAGACCCCAUGCCAAUCAAACGACACUCGGAUGCAGUCUUCACGGAUAACUACACCCGCCUUAGAAAGCAAAUGGCUGUAAAGAAAUACUUGAACUCCAUUUUGAAUGGAAAGAGGAGCAGUGAGGGAGAUUCUCCAGACUUCUAUGAAGAGCUAGAAAAAUGAUGGAAAGACUCCUCUGAGCGGAGCUGAAAGAUCAG